AUGAUGCCUCUUGGUGAAGGGCUCUUGAAGGGCAUAUCAACUCAACACCUCAGCGAGGGCAUCACGUUCUAUGUAAAUGAGAGCCCAGUGAAGCCUGUGGUCAGUGGCCAGACCAAGCCACUGCUUUUGAUGCUGCCGUGGCUCGGCUCGAGACCUCGGGCUCAGCUCAAGUACUGCGAGAUCUACCUGAGAACAGGCUUCGACGUGCUGAAGGUGGAAACCAACUCGGGUCAUUUCCUGUGGCCUCGCUGGGGCCUGGAGUACAGCGCACAAGUGCUGCGGCUAUUAGAGAGCGAACGUUUCUCACAGCGCCCCAUAGUGGUUCAUGCCAUCUCCAUCGGAGCAUAUACAUUCGCUCAGCACCUCAUUCAUAUCGCCAGAGACACCCGGCGCUACCGUGGCCUGAUCGAUAGAGUCAGGGGGCAGAUCUACGACAGCCUGGUUUUUGGCUCGCUGGAGCUCAUUUCUGCAGGUGUGAGUAAGAACUUGGGCCCUUACCUUGAGUCCCUGGUGAAGCACACCAUCCUCCUUUACUUGCGUGUGUUCAAACAGCAGACAGUGGACUACAUCAAUGCGUCCGUUGACGUGUUCAUGAACACACCUGUGACCUCUCCUGUGCUUCACUUCUUCUGUGGUAAUGAUGUCUUGAGUGACCCAGAGGCCCUACAGAAUUUGCUGGAGCACUGGAGGAAGCGGGGCAUUUCUGUGAUGAGUAAGAAGUGGGAGGAGUCUGAGCACACCGGGCAUCUGCGCAUCCAUCCUCAGGAGUACCGAGCUGUCCUUGAGCAUUUCCUCUGUUCUCUCAACAUGGCACCUCUAAAAGCUAAAAUGUGAACUUUUUGAAAGAGAAACACAAG